AUGGGGUUCAUUACGGUGAGGUUCAUGAUUGGGUUUUGCCUGGCGACGUUUGUGUCUUGUCAAUACUGGAUGAGCACUAUGUUCAACAGUCAGAUCAUCGGUCUGGUGAACGGGACAGCCGCCGGAUGGGGAAACAUGGGCGGUGGCAUAACGCAACUGCUCAUGCCGAUGGUCUAUGAGAUUAUAAGGCGUUGUGGUUCCACAGCCUUCACAGCUUGGAGGAUUGCCUUCUUUGUCCCCGGUUGGUUGCACAUCAUCAUGGGAGUCUUGGUGCUCAAUCUAGGUCAAGAUCUCCCAGAUGGAAACCGAAGUACCUUGGAGAAAAAGGGAGAAGUUGCCAAAGACAAAUUCGGAAAGAUUAUGUGGUACGCCGUCACAAACUACAGGACUUGGAUCUUCGUUCUUCUCUAUGGAUACUCCAUGGGAGUUGAGUUGAGCACUGACAAUGUUAUAGCCGAGUACUUCUUUGACAGGUUCCACUUGAAACUUCACACAGCCGGGAUCAUAGCAGCAUCUUUUGGAAUGGCCAAUUUCUUUGCUCGUCCAGCAGGAGGCUAUGCAUCUGACCUUGCAGCCACUUACUUCGGUAUGAGAGGGAGAUUGUGGGCGCUGUGGAUCAUUCAGACGGCCGGUGGUCUCUUCUGUGUGUGGCUCGGCCGUGCCAACACCCUGGUUACUGCUAUUGUAGCUAUGAUCCUCUUUUCUUUAGGAGCACAAGCCGCUUGCGGAGCCACCUUUGCAAUCGUUCCCUUUGUCUCCCGGCGAGCCCUAGGCAUCAUUAGUGGACUCACCGGGGCUGGAGGAAAUUUCGGGAGAAGCAGAAGAACUUGCAUCAAGGAAGCCUCAAGUUUGCCGAGAACGCCAAGUCUGAGGGCGGCCGUCGCGUCCGCUCUGCUGCUACGCCUCCUGAGAACACUCCCAACAAUAUUGUUUGAUCAUACAAGCCACAAGGAAGUGGUGAAGGAUGGUCACGGUUUAGAUAUGUCCCACAGUGAAAACAAAUGCCAAUGUUAUCAUCAAUGCUUGCAGAACGUUAUUUAA